AUGUAGAGUUAGUAAUAAGGAGAGAUUAGUUAUUAAAAUGUAUUUAAAAACAGAGAAUUAUUCGUUUAGCUCUAGUAAACUAUUCCUCAGACAAUAGAAAAUAUCAAGCGAGCUGAAUAAACUAGAGCAAUGCUCUGGAUGCUCUAUCAAAGAAUUUCUCAAUAGAUCGAAGUACCUGCUAUUUCAGACUUUAUAGCCUAGAUAGAUUGCUACACAGACACUCUUCUUAAAUGCCUGUUUGAUGUUAAGAAAGUAAAAAAUACUGAUAAUAUAGAGGAAGAAAUCCCUGUUUUUAAUAAUAACUAAAUCAAUAAUGAUGAAGAAUCUACAAGCGAAUCUAAUGAAGAAGAAAAAUUUGUUAAAAGCAAAAUAACUCUCUCACUUAAGUAAGAUGUUAACAUUUUUAUAUUAGAAGAAGCGAUGGAAAAAACUAAAAUGUGUAUUUUUGAUGUUAUGAUGGAUCACGGAUAGAGAGGUUUAAAUGAUAAUGCGGAAAAUGAGAGGGUUAUGGAAGAAAUGAUUGCUUAUUUUUUGUCUGCCAAUGGAAAGUUAAGUUUGUUAAUCGAGUUGUUACCUCUAAUUGUUUAUUUUAAUAAAAAUGAUUUAAUGUCUCUUCCUCGCUACGAUGAAAGAUGGAGAAACCUUUAUAGGAAUUCACUUAGAUACAGAAAGCUUGCUUCAGAUGCUGAAUUGAUUAACAGGUUAAAAGUAUUUGAAAAAUCUAUCUACCUUGCUAACUCCCUCUGCUAUAAAAUAUACAAUAUUGAAAAUAAGCCCCUGAAAUAGUUUAUGGCGUUAGUACGUAGUGCUUAAUAUUUUUUCUUUAACGAGGAAGCUCGUCUUAUAACAGUUAAGUUUUAAACUAAUCCCGAUCCUAAAGCUGCCAUCCUUGUUUGGGAUGUCAUAGAAUAGAUAAAGAUGUGGGAAAUUUUCGUUGCUAAUGUGAUUGAUAAAAUUGAAUAUCACGAAGUAAUAUAAAUAGAUGCUAACGCAUAUCCUACUCUCACUGAAGAAAUGAUCAAAAGUGAAAUUGAAAGCAAUACGAUUUAUAACAAAUAUCAAUCAGAACCAGUAACUAAAAGAGUUCCUUAAGAUAAAGACAUAGACACAGCUUCACCAAAUAAAAUACAGCUUCGUGUAUUAUGUGCAAAAAAUCUCUAGAGAAGAAAAUAUGGCCAGCCUUUAAAUUUCCCUUCAAAGAAUAAAAGCGUUACUUCUACUUUGAUAGAAGGAGUUAAGAAUGUGUUUAAAUUCUCUUCAAAGCUAAAAUUAAAUCGUCAACAAAAACCUAAUAAUAAUAUAGAUGAAAAUUCUGAAAAUGAUGAAGAUGAUAAAGGAAACGUAUUUUAUAGAUAGCCUAGUUUGAAAGGAGAAAGAGAAGUGUUUGACGAAGUUAUAUUCCAUAUUCAUGGAGGAGGAUGGAUAAGUAUGUCUUCUUUUUCUCAUCAAAUUUAUACAAGAAGAUGGGCUAACUUGUUAAAGGAUGUCCCAAUAUUCUCAAUUGAUUACAAACUCCUUCCAUAAAAUAAAUAUCCUUCAGCAGUUGCAGAUUGUUUUUAAGCUUACUGCUGGAUAUUAUUUAAUGCAGAGGACUACUAUAAUAUUAAAAUAAAUAAAAUAUUGCUAGCAGGUGAUUCAGCUGGAGCUAACAUGGCUCUUGGUGUUUGUCUCUUAGCACAUAAAUAUGGGAUACGCUAGCCAGAUGGUUUACUUUUGUGCUAUCCAGCUGUUAAUUUAAGUACAGAUAUAUAUACCCCUUCUUUCCUAACUUCAUUAUUUGAUCCUAUUGUUCCCCAUACUUUCCUUAAAAGUUGUGUAUCUAUGUAUGUCAAUAAUAGUGAAGAUUCUAAGAAGGAUCCAUUCCUCAGCCCAAUACUAUUCCCAAGUGAAAUCAUGAAAAUAUUACCAGCUAUGCGUAUUAUGGUUGGAGAAGAUGACUCAUUACAUGAUGAUACAAUUCGCUUUACAGAAAAAUUAGUACUCUCAGGUCACAAAAAUGUUAAAACAAUAGUAUAUAAUUUAAUGAGACAUGGUUUUCUUAACUAUGAUUAUCCCUUUGGUUUCGAUUCUUCCUAAGCUAUAUAAGAUACAGGAAUAAUGUUAGCAGAAUUGCUUGAUCCUGUAAACACUUACGUGACUUAUUGA